AGCAUAUAGUCGUUGACAGAAAAACUUGAAUUGUUGAAUCUCGUUGUGUUGUUGUCCUCCGGUGGCUAGCUAGCCAGCUAGCAACAUUGUCCCUUUUCUAAAAGGGCCAUGGAUGGAGAUAGGGAUUUGGACUUGUGGUUUUACUUAAUUCUCUGUUCUGAUCCAACCAUUUAUUCAAACUCUGUUGAACCCCUGGCCUGAGAGAAUGGAAGUUCAAUAUGUAGCUAGAUGUAAAAGUCUAUCGUUAACUAGCUAAUGUUGCCCAUGAAUGGAAGUUAGGCUAGUGAGCAAGCAUUUUAGCCAGGUAGCCUAGGACAACAAAAAAUAUGCGUGUACUGUUUGACAGAGUGACAGAGCGUUUUAUCAACAUGAAAGAGAGGAGGAUGGCAUUGGUGUUUCUCUACAAGUAGGUGACUGAAUAGAGCAUGGGAGGACAUGGAGAAGCAGCACACGUGUGAUAUAGCUCCGGUCCAGCAAGGGUGAAUGAAGAAUUUGGAGCCAACCUGAAUGUCCCCAUCCCAUUCCUGAGUUUGACUGAGGACUGACCAAUACAGAUUUGGAGAAUGCAGGGGCAUAAGGCACAGGGUGCCCAGGGUCAGCUGGACAUGGAGGGGGCUCUGACCGCCCGAGACCGCGUGGGGAUCCAGGACUUUGUCCUGUUGGACACCCAUACCAGCGAGACUGCUUUCCUAGGCAACCUGAAAAAACGCUUCAGUGAGGACCUAAUUUAUACCUAUAUAGGCACUCUGCUAGUGUCUGUGAACCCCUACAAGGAGUUGGAUAUCUACAGUAAAAAACAGAUGGAUAUAUACAUGGGCGUCAACUUUUUUGAGCUUCCACCACAUAUUUAUGCCCUGGCGGACAACGCCUACCACACCAUGAUGGCUGAGGCCAACAACCACUUCAUCCUCAUCUCUGGGGAGAGUGGUGCCGGCAAGACCGAGGCUUCCAAGAAGAUCCUACAGUACUAUGCUGUGAGCUGCCCCAGUACCACCCUACUGGACAGUGUCAGGGACCGGAUGCUGGUGUCCAACCCUGUGCUAGAGGCUUUCGGCAACGCCAAAACACUGAAGAAUGACAACUCUAGUCGCUUUGGAAAGUACAUGGAUAUCCAGUUUGACAUCCAGGGGGAUGCCGUGGGGGGCCAUAUCCUGAGCUACCUGCUGGAGAAGUCCCGAGUGGUCCACCAGAACCACGGAGAGAGGAACUUCCACAUCUUCUACCAGCUGGUGGAGGGAGGGGAGGAAGACCUGCUGCAUCAGCUAGGCCUCGAGAGCAACUGCCAGCACUACAGUUACUUGGUGCAAGACGAGUGUGCCAAUGUGACUUCGAUCAAUGACAAGAACGACUGGAAGACGGUGAGAAACGCCCUGUCCGUCAUCGACUUUGACGAGAGCGAUAUACAACACCUAUUUGGGAUCAUAGCAAGCGUCCUCCACUUAGGGAAUGUGCAGUUUGAAGCUGACAGCAAAGGCUACGCCACGUUGAACAAGAACACAGAACUCCGCUGGGUGUCAACAUUGCUGGGAAUUAACGUUCAAGUACUGCAGGAAGGGCUGACAUACAGGAAGAUUGAGGCCAAAACAGAUGAGGUGCUCAGCCCAUUCACAGUGGACCAUGCCAUCUAUGCCAGAAAUGCCCUGGCCAAAGCCAUCUAUGGACGCACCUUUACCUGGCUGGUCAAUAAGAUCAAUGAUUCCAUGGAGAAUAAGGAACCGUCAAGGAAGACGGUUAUUGGUCUCCUUGACAUAUAUGGCUUUGAGGUUUUCUAUGUCAACAGUUUUGAGCAGUUCUGUAUAAACUACUGCAACGAGAAACUGCAGCAGCUUUUUAUCCAGCUGACCUUGAAGUCGGAGCAGGAGGAAUACGAGGCAGAGGGCAUUGGGUGGGAGCCUGUCCAGUUCUUCAACAAUAAGAUUAUCUGUGACUUAGUGGAGGAGAAACACCGGGGCAUCAUUUCAGUACUGGAUGAAGAAUGCCUGAGGCCUGGAGAGGCCACUGACUUCACAUUUCUGGAGAAGCUUGAGGAGAAAAUGGGCAGUCACCCUCAUUUCAUCACGCACAAGUUGUCUGACAAGAAGAUACGUAAGACGCUGGAUCGGGGCGACUUUCGCCUUCUGCAUUAUGCUGGGGAGGUCACCUAUUGCGUUGUGGGUAAGGUAUCCCAUGGUCUCAGGCUCAAUGGUGGCAUUACCCUGCUCCUCAAUGUCCCUACAUGUCCUACUAGUAGAUUUCACUGCCACUCUCACAUGUCCCUUCUCACUCACCACUCUUUCUCGCAUGUUGUUGUUUGUGUCAUCCCAGGGUUCAUCGACAAAAACAAUGACAUGUUAUACAGAAACAUCAAAGAUGUGAUGCGGCAGUCAAAAAAUGCCAUAGUCAGAGAGUGCUUUGCUUCCACAGAGUCAGAUAGCAGGCGGCGACCAGAGACGGUUGCUAGCCAGUUUAAGAGCAGUCUGCUGGGACUGACAGACAUCCUCAUGUCUAAGGAGCCCUGGUAUGUGCGCUGCCUCAAAUCCAACGAGUCCAAACAGCCAGGUCGUUUUGACGACGUGCUGGUUCGGCACCAAGUGAAGUACCUGGGGCUGAUGGAACACCUUAGGGUCAGAAGGGCAGGUUUUGCAUACCGACGCCGCUACGAGUUGUUUCUGCAGAGAUACAAGCCCCUAUGCCCAGCCACCUGGCCCCAUUGGAGAGGAGUGGCUGCAGAAGGAGUGGAAGUGCUGGUGCAGCACCUGGGAUACCUGCCAGAUGAGUACAAAAUGGGCAGAACCAAGAUAUUUAUCCGCCACCCCAGGACACUGUUUGCCACAGAAGAUGCCUUUGAGGUCUGCAAACAUAAACUUGCAUCAAGGAUUCAGGCCCAGUACAAGGGAUACCGGCAAAAAGGAGAAUUCAGAAGACAGAAAGAAGCUGCCACCAAGAUUGAGACUUGCUGGAGAGGAGUUCAAGCCAGGAAAGAGAAAGAGAGGAGACAAUGGGCUGUCAAGGUCAUCAAGAAGUUUAUUAAAGGAUACAUGACCAGAGGGGAGGCAAAGACUACUGAUAACUCUGAAUACCUGGCCUUUGUCAGACAGAACUACCUCAACAGGCUGAAAGACAAUCUCCCAAAAACAGUUCUGGAUAAAAUCAGCUGGCUAACCCCUCCACCUGUAUUGACUGAGGCCUCAGCGAUCCUGCGUCAGCUCCACAUGCGUGUCAUGGUGACGAGGUACGUCAGAGGGAUCACUGCACAACAGAAAGCACAGCUUCAACUCAAGGGGAUCACCAGUGUUAUCUUCAAGGACAAGAAGGACAGCUACCCUCAGAGUGUCUCCCAACCCUUUGUGGACACCAGGAUCAGUGAACAGGACAUCAAUAUGAAGGUCCUGCAGAUGAUUCGCCAUGAACGCAUCAAGUAUAGCGUACCAGUGGUGAAGUAUGACAGGAAUGGGUUUAAACCCCGACCUCGGCAGCUCAUCCUCACGCAGACGGCUGCCUAUGUGGUGGACGAGGCCAAGAUCAAACAGAAAGUGCAGUACACUACUCUGAAAGGUGUGUCUGUCAGUACCUUGAGUGACAGCAUCAUCAUUUUCCAUAUUGCAAGUGAAGACGUUAAACAGAAGGGGGACCUGGUCAUCCAGUGUGACCACCUGUUUGAAGUGUUGACCAAACUCAGUGUGGUUGCCAACAAGCAGAGCGCUAUCAACGUGGUCCAGGGCAGCAUCUCAUUUCAGAUACAGGCAGGGAAAGAGGGUAUUGUGGACUUCAGCAGUGGCCAGGAGUCCAUGGUGUACAAAGACAAGAAUGGACACCUCAUGGUGGUAUCCACUCGGACCAAGGCUCGCUGAACUGCUCAGUGCCCAGCAGACAGACACACUAAGGAGAGAACGAAUAAGGUCUCAGGAGACUGACCAAGCACAUUAGAACCUGUGGACAACAUCUGGAUUCUGCUCCUGUAUAGCCUGAUUCCAGAUCUGUUUGUGUUGUGCAUAUAUUUAACUCAAUAGCCAGUUGGCAAGACACCACAAACAGAUAUGGAAUCAGUUUUAUAGAGAUGAACCCUAAAACAGAACUACAGCAGUUGUUUU